CUGCGACGAUAUUAGAUUUUCGGCUCACGGACGUGCGACGUUUUCAUGGCCCGUGUCGACUUUAUGGAAUAACGUUCUAUAUUAGCAACACAGCACAUCCCACCAUGAGUUUAUUUGGGACAACCGCCGGUUUUGGUACUGGAGGAACAAGUGUGUUUGGUAGUGCCACGACAGACACACAUAAUCCAAUGAAGGAUGUAGAGGUGACGUCUCCACCUGAUGACAGCAUUAGCUGUCUGGCCUUUAGCCCCCCAACUCUCCCGGGAAAUUUCCUCAUUGGAGGCUCAUGGGCCAACGAUGUGCGGUGUUGGGAAGUGCAGGACAAUGGCCAAACGGUGCCUAAAGCUCAGCAAAUGCACACAGGUCCAGUGCUGGAUGUCUGCUGGAGCGACGAUGGGAGUAAAGUCUUCACUGCCUCAUGUGACAAAACAGCCAAGAUGUGGGAUCUGAACAGCAACCAGGCCAUGCAGAUUGCACAGCAUGAGGGCCCAAUUAAAUCAAUUCACUGGAUAAAGGCUCCUAACUAUAGCUGUAUCAUGACAGGAAGUUGGGACAAAACACUGAAGUUUUGGGACACGCGCUCCCCAAACCCCAUGAUGUCACUGCAGAUGCCAGAGCGUAGCUAUUGUGCCGACGUGGUGUAUCCCAUGGCGGUGGUUGCCACGGCAGAGAGAGGUCUGAUUGUGUAUCAGCUGGAGAAUCAGCCAUCAGAGUUCCGAAGAAUAGAUUCACCUCUGAAGCACCAGCAUCGUUGUGUGGCCAUCUUCAAGGACAAGCAGAACAAGCCUACAGGCUUUGCGCUCGGCAGCAUUGAGGGACGGGUGGCUAUUCAUUACAUUAAUCCUCCAAAUCCAGCCAAGGACAACUUCACCUUCAAGUGCCAUAGAUCCAAUGGAACCAAUACUGCCACUCCCCAGGAUAUCUACGCUGUGAAUGCUAUAGCUUUUCAUCCUGUCCAUGGCACCUUGGCAACCGUGGGCUCAGAUGGUCGGUUCAGCUUCUGGGACAAGGAUGCCCGCACCAAGCUGAAGACCUCGGAACUGCUGGAUCAGCCAAUCACGGCCUGCUGCUUCAACAACAAUGGAAAUAUCUUUGCCUACUCCUCCAGUUAUGAUUGGUCAAAGGGCCAUGAGUACUACAAUCCCCAGAAGAAGAACUACAUCUUCCUGCGAAACGCUGCCGAGGAGUUGAAGCCUCGGAACAAGAAAUGAUUCGUCGCGUCGGAAACUUCGAGGAGCGGCUUUAGUGUGUAUAUACAAGAGAGAACCCCCUUUUGGCUUACACCUGGACCAAUGGCGAGACUUUGCGUACUGUGUAUGGACCAAUCAGAAGGGGCCAACCUGUCCUUGUGUGAUGACCGCUUUGUGGCUACGGGCCACAUGAGGGUAGCCGUUCUUUCUGUUGCUCAUCAUAAUUGUUCAUGGUAAAAUCUGUCUUUUUAUAUUCAUGUCUGCAGUUAUUUUUUUUACAUGGCUCCCCAGAGGAUACACUGACUUGUUUUACCUUUUGCUUUACUGUCAUCGCGUGGUGUAGUUCGAUCUUGAAAAUGUAAACUCAAUAAAUAAUUCUCUCCAGGA